UCGCGCAAGUGGGCGAGGCCCUGCUGCAGCGCAUGGCACUGCUGCGCACGGCCUGCUGCUGCUGCUCCUGGCUGCUGCGGUUGUCGCCGCGCCUCCAGCGACUCCUGCAGCGCGGCCGCCACGGUCUGCAGCUGCUCCGAGCAUUCGCUGAAGUCCUCUUCGUACGAGGCGAAAAGUUCAGAUGUCAUGACGAACUACAGGCGUGAUGGCAACUCCAGUACGCAAAGGGGCUCGCAAAUACGUAUUCAACAGAAGAAGAGGAGGAAGAACACCACAAAUGGCAAGAGGAGACACAGAGAAGGGGGCAGCCAUGAUUCACGGUGGCGUGUGAAGAAGAGCGGCAAGUACCACCCCCGCUUUGGCCUCUCAUUCGUUGGUUUGUUGUUGUCUCUCGGGCUCCCCACCCGACCCUUGCUCCUUAUUUCGCACACUCCGCACGGUCCUUGGCGAGGUAGCACGCAACGACAUGGAAGGGGGGUGGAGGGGCGGUGA